AUGGCGGCGCCCGUGCAGCAGGCGCGGGGCGUGCUCCGGCUGGCAGCGACCCUGGGCCCGGGCUCUCGCGGUUACCGGGCGCCGCCACCGCCACGCCGCUCGCCGGGGCCCUGGUGGCCGGACCCGGAGGACCCACUGACACCGCGCUGGCAGCUGGGACCGCGCUACGCGGCCAAGCAGUUCGCACGGCACGGCGCAGCCUCCGGAGUCGCCGCGGGUUCAUUGUGGCCGUCGCGGGAGCAGCUGCGCGAGCUGGAGGCCGAAGAGCGCGAGUGGUGCCCCAGCCUAGCGGAUAUGCAGGAGUCGCUGCGUGAGCAGCGGCUGGCCGAGGAGCAGAAGCGUCUAGCCAGGGAGGAGCUCAUCGCAGAGCGCAUGGCCAAGAUGCCACAGAUGAUUGAGGACUGGCGGCGGCAGCAGCGGGAGCGCUGGGAGAAGGCGCAGGUGGACAAGGAGCGGCGGGCACGGCUACAGGCUGAGGCCCAGGAGCGCCUAGGCUACCAUGUGGACCCGCGGAGCACCCGCUUCCAGGAGCUGCUGCAGGACAUGGAGAAGCAGCAGCGCAAGCGCCUCAAGGAAGAGAAACAAAGACAGAAGAAGGAGGCACGAGCUGCUGCAGUGGCCACCGCUGCCAUCCAGGACCCAGCUACCUCCUAGGCACCCAGCUCCUGAGGAGGCUGUGUCCCCCAAUAAAGCCUGUUGCCUCAGUGGCCC